AUGAAGAUCGCGGUUUUUCCUGUUCUCGCAACGUCUCUUCUAGUUUAUAUUUCAUGUGUAUUUGCUCAUGAAGUUGAUACAUAUGCAUUUCGCAUGCCAAAUGUGUGGCCUCAUAAGGAUGAGCUCUACCUUUGUACACCUAUCCGCAUUUCACCGACCACAAACUAUUAUAUGGUUGGAUUUGUGCCAAAAGCUUCAAUGAACACGGCUCAUCAUAUGCUUAUCUAUGGAUGUUCUGAUCCUGGGUCUAAUGGAACGGUUUGGGACUGUGGCGAAAUGCAAAGCAGUGAAAUAGAUUAUAUUUAUCCUCCUGCUAGCCCCUGUGGAUCUGGCUCUCAGGUAGUAUAUGCGUGGGCUCGCGAUGCACCAAGUCUCCAAUUGCCGAAAGGUGUUGGAUUUCACGUCGGCCGCGACUCGCCCAUCAAGUACCUGGUGCUCCAAGUGCAUUACAUGGCGCGCUUUCCACGGAAUGUCACCGACAAAUCUGGGGUAUUACUGAAAUAUACGAGCAAACGUAUGCCUCGUCAGGCCGGAGUGAUUUUGCUAGGUACAGGCGGCUAUAUAUUCCCGAACCACGUUGAGCAUAUGGAAACAGCUUGCACCAUACUGGAAGACAAGGUCAUACAUCCCUUCGCUUUUCGAACGCAUACACAUUCCUUAGGUAAGGUUGUCUCUGGUUACGUUGUCCGUCGCUCGGACCAUGGCGAUGAAUGGAAACUUUUGGGCAAAAAGGACCCCCAACUGCCGCAGAUGUUCUACCCGGUAGUCGACAAGACGCCCGUGCGCAAGGGAGACGUGCUGGCCGCGCGCUGCACUAUGAACAACACGCAUGAUUACCCUGUGAAAAUUGGUCCGACAAACAACGAUGAAAUGUGCAACUUCUAUCUAAUGUACUAUGUCGAAAACGAUACGCCACUGAAUAGGAAAUAUUGCUUUACAAACGGACCUCCCUACUACUACUGGGAAAACGCACCAGAAGGAUUCAACGUUAUACCGGACGGCGAAGCCAGCACACUGUAA